AAUCACUCUCGCAGCCUCUUACUGGCAAAGGACUGUGCAGAUCUAAUAAGACGUGGAUAGACGGAGAAACGCUGAUGAACAGCAUGAAAGAGGUAAAUAUUCCUGGAGUUAUGAGCGAUAUCAGGUUCAGUCGCAGGACUGGAUCACCAAGAGAAACCGUGUACGAUGUGGUUAAUUACCAGGCUGAUGACGGAUGGGUUGAGGUAGGAGAUUUUGAAUGGAAUCGCUUACCAGCCUUAAAAAUGAACAGAAAGAGACCGAUAGUUUGGUUAGAUGGUAACCUCGAUGUACCAAAGCUGGCUAGUCUUGAGCUGAAGUACAGCAGAAUCAAAGUGCUCAUCGCCCUGAGUCCGCCGUUCGUAAUGAAAAAAGAAAACUCCACGGACAAAAAUUCAGAUUUGGACUACGAGGGAUUCUGUAUUGACUUGUUGAACGAGCUGAAAAAGAAAUUACAAUUUGAAUAUGAUCUGGAACUCAGAAAUAACCUUGGUGAGCAUCGUCAUGGUACUUGGACUGGAAUUAUUGGGGAGCUGACAAGAAAGAAAGCUAACCUGGCCGUGUCAACCAUAACAAUCAGCCCUGAACGCGAAAAAGCAGUAGAAUUUACACAACCUUACUACAGUCUGGGAUUUAAGAUAGUUAUGAAGAAGACAGACAUGGAAAACAAGGUUAAUACCUGGGGAUUCUUAGAUCCUUUUGAGAAGACUUUGUGGAUUCCCAUCAUCAGCUCAUCAGUGAUCAUAGGAACUAUAGUUUGGAUCUAUGACCGACUGAGCCCGUAUGGCUACUAUGGCAAGGUGGUACAGUCAGCGGAAGUCAGCGGCGAAGAGGCGCAUGCGAAAAAUACCUUAUCAUUAUUUCAUUCAUUCUGGGCAGCAGUUGCCUCUUACCUUGAACAGACUCCAGAUACUUUGCACCCGAUUUCUCAAUCUGGCAGAGCGACUACACUAGCAUGGUGGUUUGCUAUUUCCAUAUUUGGUGCCACAUACACCGCUAAUCUGGCUGCGUUCCUGACCAUCAACAAAUAUCAACAUCCAAUCAAGAGCAUUGAAGAUUUAGCCAAUCAGAAUAAAGUAAAGUUUGGAACUGUGCGUGGUGGUCAGCUGGCCAAAAUGCUCGAAGAGGCUAAGCUCCCAGUUUACGAGAAACUAUGGGAUUCCAUUGUCCGUCAUGGAACUCUUGAACCCAAUCACACUGCCGCGAUUGAAAAAGUGCGAAAAACGGAAAAUUACGCCUUCAUUUGGGACUCGGCAGUACUUGAAUAUGACGUGCAACAAGAACCGUGUAAUACAUUGACUCUUGUCGAAAGACCAUUUGGUAGUAUCAACUAUGGCUUCGCUCUCCCUCGCAAUUCGCCUUACACUCAUAACUUUAGCGUGGCUAUGUUGGAGUUGCAGCAAGAAGGGUUCUUGCAGCGCAUGAAAGAAAAAUGGUUUAAAAGCCGCAGUGUGUGUGGUGCGGAGACACAGGCAGCCCAGGAAGCAGCUGAGGAGGGCGGCGACCAGCUUCAGCUCAGUGACUUGGCUGGGGUCUUCAUCACCCUAGCGGUGGGCGUGGCUGCUGGGUUGGUUGUCUUGUCCAUGGAACUGAUUUAUGCGUGUUAUAAAGACACCCAGUCUAAAGAUGGCGAGGCACCAAAAUCGGUGUGUGCAGCCUUCUGGCAAAGGUUGCAUCGAACUAAUAAGGGAUUCCACGAUCUCUACAAAAGUGACGAGGGAGAACAUUGCAAGGAAGAGGAACUGGCUAUGUCAGAGGGUCCUCUCCUUCUUAGCGCUCAAGAGACACAGCAGAUUUGAUUACUUUCAAAGCUGAGCCAUAAUGUUUUGACCGAGAGACUUAACAUGUGCGUGUGGAACCUACAAGGUUCGCGAAGAGUUUAUGUAACUGCUGUAGACUUAGUCUUAGUUCAAUGCAACCACUCAGAAGGUGCGUAUUCAAGAACGGGAAGGAAACCCGAGGGCAUGUUCUUGUUUCAGAAGGUUCUGAGUCGGUUUUCACUUAACAUAUUACUCCGAAAACAGUCGAAAAGUUUUUUCAUUGUAUCAGAAGCGAAUAGGCUUCUUAUAUGUAUAUCUGCUUUGCGUGAUACUCGUCUAGAAUGGGAAAGCUGAAGGGGCUCUCAUGUAAAAAUGGUGUGGAGAAAAUAUGCAGGUUAUCGCAGUGUUCCAAUAAUUAUCAUAGACAGUUAAAGAGAGUUAAGGAUAAUUUCCUGAAUCGUCCUUGAGGUGCGAUCUUUUAACCUGUUACUUACAGAUUAGUAUUUCUUAGUUUCACUUAGUACUAAAGAAUUUUGAUUACCAUUCCUGUCAUUUUCUUAUCGAAGUAUUUUCGUCACGGAAUCAAAUUUACGUAAAUAUGAGACCCUUGAUGAAACUAGUUCGUUGCAGAUCCUAUGUAAUAUUACAAGUUACUGUGUCUAAAAGUAUUGAUACACAUGAAUGAAUAGAAUAGAAUAGAGUUUAUUUCGAGAGGGGAGCACGUGACAGUAGUUAAACUGAUGAUCCUGUGGCCCUCUAAUCUACCCAUCCCACCCCAGGGGAGGACAUCCAUCACACAGUAAUCUCGUGCGUGGGAAA